CGGGUGAGAGGUAGCCUGAGGUCCUCUAAAGUCCCCCGGCAUCUCUUCUUCCCGUCCCAGCGGCCGCCUACGUCUUAAGGGCUAGUUCUCAUUUGGCCACCAGAGCCAGCCCAGCGUCUCACUCAUGCUCGCCAUCUGCCCCUCAUCCUGGUUGCCCUGUCGCCCGUAGCCUUCCAGCCCUGCUUCUCUGGUCCCUAGGUCGUCAAACCUCCCUCGGCUGCCCUCCCUCUAAACCCUGCUGCGGCUUCCCAGUGCCCAAGUUGAUGAAGCCCCACAGGUCGCUCCGGUAGGGAGGACCCAGCCGGAUGCACUUGGUCUCCGAUGAACCCCAGACUCCGGGGCCGGCCUCUCUGCGAAGGAACUGGCGAGUCCACUGGGCUCCGGUUUCCCCGGUGGGCGAACCCGACCCUGUCAACAGGUCCCAGGAGGCGCAGGGGCCGGAGGGCGGUAGGACUGAGCCUGACUCCGGGUUGGGGCCAGAGCUCCCGCCACUCCACCCGGGCUCUGGCAGGGUCCCACGGGCGUCCGGGCCCCGCCCCGCCCCGCCCCCACUCUCCAAUAAGACCCGCAUCUACUGUCGGCGGGGCCCAGAGCGGCGACGCCACGGGUGGCACCGGGCGGCACCGGGCUACGCAGUCCCCGCUGCCGCUGCGCGCCCGGGCCCACCCCGCGCAGAUGGAGUCCCGGUCACAGCGGCGGCGGCGGAGUCGCCAGCUGGUGGCCGCCUUUCUGCACGACCCGGGCUCGGGGCGCGUGUACCGGCGCGGGAAGCUGAUCGGCAAGGGCGCCUUCAGCCGCUGCUACAAGCUCACGGACAUGUCCACCAGCGCGGUGUUCGCCCUCAAGGUGGUGCCGAGGGGCGGGGCGGGGCGGCUGCGCCUGCGCGGGAAGGUGGAGCGUGAAAUCGCCCUGCACAGCCGCCUGCGCCACCGCAACAUCGUGGCCUUCCACGGGCACUUCGCGGACCGCGACCACGUGUACAUGGUGCUGGAGUACUGCAGCCGCCAGUCCCUGGCCCACGUGCUGAAAGCGCGCCGCACCCUCACGGAGCCUGAGGUGCGCUACUACCUUCGGGGUGUGGUCAGCGGCCUGCGCUACCUGCACCAACAUCGCAUCGUGCACAGGGACCUGAAGCCCAGCAACUUCUUCCUUAGCCAGGACAUGGAGGUGAAGAUCGGAGACCUGGGACUGGCGGCCCGGGUGGGGCCUGCCGGUCACUGCCACAGGGUGCUCUGCGGGACUCCGAGUUUCCAGGCUCCUGAGGUGGUGUCCCGGCAUGGACACUCGUGCAAGUCUGAUAUCUGGGCUCUGGGCUGCAUCAUGUACACGGUGCUGACCGGCACGCCACCCUUUACUGCGACACCCUUGUCAGAGAUGUACCAAAAUAUCCGUGAUGGCCACUACCCGGAGCCCACUCACCUGUCACCCAGUGCCCGAAACCUCAUUUCGCGGCUCCUGGCACCCGACCCUGCCGAGCGGCCCAGCCUCGACCACUUACUCGAAGACGAUUUCUUUACUCAGGGCUUCACUCCGGAGCGGCUGCCUCCGCAUUCCUGCCACAGCCCGCCCGUUUUUGCCUUCCCGCCACCCCUGAGCCGACUGUUCCGAAAAGUGGGCCAGCUCCUGCUGACCCAGUGCCGGGCAAGUUGUCCCUUUACCUCCAAGGAGGCUUCGGGCCCUGGAGAAGAAGGGACAGAGCCUGACCACGUGGAGCCCAGCAGCGAGGAAGGGGCUCCUCUCUGCGCUAAGAGCCGAGUCCACAUCCUCACACUCGGGACCCGGCGGACCGAGCUGGCGGACUCAAAGGGGAGCCUGGCACUCCAGGUGGAGCUGGCAACCAGGAAACUGCGCCUAUGCUUGGACACAGGGACUGUGGCUGCACAGGACCCCCAAGGGGAGCAGCGGCCUGUCCUCUGGGCUCCCAAGUGGGUGGAUUAUUCCCUCAAGUAUGGUGUUGGCUACCAACUGUCGGAUGGAGGCAGUGGCGUGCUGUUUCGGGACGGAUCCCACAUGGCCCUGCGCCCCCCAGGAGGGCACAGUGGUGGUCGGGGGAGAAGGAGGAAGACCCCACCCCAGGCAUGCGGUGUCCGGGACAGAGACUCAUUCAGGUCCCUGGUCCCCAGCCAUGUGUCCUAUCAACCUGACCAAGGGACUCUGUGGACCUUCACCCUGAGGGACGUCCCCAGCCCACUGCGGGCCAAGCUGGCUGUCCUGCGUCUCUUUGCCUGCUAUAUGCAGAGGCGUGUGCGAGAGGAGGGGACUGUGUCCAUGCCUGUGACACCUGCCUCUCCUGACCUCUCUCUGUUGGGCGUCGUUGCUGACUCCCGGGCUCUACUCUUGCUGUUUAGCAAUGGGACAUUGCAGGUCAGCUUCAGGACGUCCCAAACCCAGCUGGUGCUGAGUGGGGAAGGCGAGGGCUUUCUGCUCACCCUCUGGGAGCCAGGAGGACCCAGCACCGGCGUCUCCUACUCACUAGAUGCUCUCCAGAGUCACGGUUGCACCCCCACCGUCCAGCAGCACCUGCGCCAAGGGCUGCGCCUGCUGCAGAGUGUCUAAUGAGCCUGCGUGGACCUCUGCAUGUGUUUCCACCGCCACUGCCCCACAGCGGCACCCGUGGAGGCUGGACACACUGGGGCCACCGAUGGGGUGGAGUCUUUCUUUGGUUUUUGGUAUGACUACUCAAUCUAGAAUUUUGUUGGUCCCUGUUGGAAUUUCAUUAAAGAAAACAUGUCCCUGUAA